GGCCAGAGCAGCACGACAAAGCUACAUCGAGAGUUGUGAGGAAGUCUCCGUGGCUGCUUUGUACUGCUGCAUCCGUUUACGAGGAGUGCCGCCCACUGUAACAGAUGCUCAACCUCAGGGUGUGCCUUUCAUCCUGUCCGGCUUGUUUGACUGCGAGCAAAAGGUCUCUGUGGUCCACGGUCAUGUCACCCGAAUCAAGGACUACACUGAGGUCAUGAAAUCCAAGGACGAAGUGGUCAUGCAUGCAGGAUUCAGACGAUUCUCAGCUCGUCCAAUCUAUUCUGAGAUCCCAAGGAAGUCUUCCACCAACAAGAAGUACAAGUUCAUGCGAUUCUUGCACCAAGAGAUCACAGCAUGUGCUUCGUUCUAUGCACCAGUGGUCUUUCCACCCUGUCGGCUGCUGAUGUCUGUGCAGCCUGAGGGGGCGAUAACCCCUGAGCUGGCAGCGGCUGGAAGUAUUGUGAGCGUGGAUCCCAAGCAGUUGAUCAUCAAGCGGAUCAUCCUCACAGGAUAUCCUUUUCGCACCCAAAAGAACAAAGCGGUGGUUCGCUUCAUGUUCUUCAAUCCACUGGAUAUCAGAUGGUUCAAGCCAGUGGAACUCUCCACCAAGAAAGGCUUACGAGGCCACAUCAAGGAGUCCUUGGGGACCCAUGGCUACAUGAAAUGCCGCUUCAGUGCUCACAUCAAGCAGGAUGACACGGUUUGCAUGAACCUCUACAAGCGCGUUUACCCCAAGUGGCACCCUCCUGCUUGGGGUGGCGACGCUAAUGCUUCCCCAGAAGAAGCUUGAGGAUCGCUACGUGGUCCACUGUCUCACCGACGAAAAGCAUUCGUUGAAGAUCUGAAGUCGCUGGCACGUGUCAGUUCUGCCCUAGGUGUAAGAAGCUGCACUGCAAGUUGCCAGGUUGAAGUCCAUGGCGCACGUGUC